UGGUGCCGUUAGGUAGGAUUUCUCCCAGCCCACCACUUAUUUUUCCUUCCAUGAGCUGGUUUUCCUCGGGCUUUGCUCAGGGAUCUGCCUUGUCUCCAGACCUUGGGCCAUGCUGAAGUAUCACUGCAACGGGAUUAUUUGGAAGUGUUAAUAUAUGAGAUUUGAGGAGAUUCCUGUUUGUGGGGCAGGGAAGUGAAGGAGGAUGAAGAGGAGAAGGAAAACUGCUUCAGAAUUGUGGGAAAAAUCCUCCAGUACGACUUGGCCUGAUUGCCAGAAUUCCUGUGAUUGUUAUUUUUAACCAGCCAGUUCUUAAACUAAAUUAUCUGGCACUUCUAAAAGGGGAUGGAAAGAUCUUUUUCACUCUGCUUCAGGGAUUCUUAAAACAUAUUCCUCAAAGAAGCAGUAGCCUGCAGAGGGACCUAAUGCAGCCUCCAGCUCUCCUCUUCACCACUCAAUAACGUGUGAAAAACGCUUGAUUUGGGUAAUAUGAAACACCAGUCCCGGUUAUUUCUUUGUAUCACCUGCAAGAGGCUUUACUGAUGUGAGCUAUAGGCGGUGGAGCAUUUUCAACUGAUAUAUGAAGUAGAAAAAGCAUCUAAAAGCUUUGACAAUGACACUUUGCCUUCCUCUUCCAAAGAGGAACUGCGUGUGAAUACAACUUCUCAAUGUCUCUGAACGUUUCCUUUCCUUCCUUCUUGCCUAUCUUUUAGCUUUUUUUGUAGGAAUUCUGCAAUCCUGUAAGUAUUUGUUUCAAGUAAAAGGAUGUUGUUGCCCAGAAAACUGCAAUUUGGGGGUUUCUUGCUCUUUUUGCAUGAAGUGUGAAGAUCCAAAGCUGCUGUUGUCUUCUUGUGAUCCCGAGCAGCAGAAUGACCUGGAGCUCUGACAAAUGGGAUUUUUUGAAGGAGGUCUCUUCCCCAGCCUACUUAAAAGAUCCUGUUUGUAGCACAGGGUCAAACCCAUUUUUUAAGCCCAUCAUAAAGGACAUGAACGGUGACUCAAAGUAGAAACAAGAAGAGUGGAGUUGAGCUCCGGACGUCACCACUGAAGAAAGCAUUCAUGCAAAUGCAUCCUCUGCCUCAUCUCUCUCUUCCUCUCUGUUUUUCUUGCUUCCUCUCUUCUCUGAGCUGCUCCCCUUCCUCUUGCCCAAAAGUUAGAGGUAUCCUCUUGCUUUGACAGGUGGAGGAGCGUGCCUCUUUGGAGGUUUCUUGUGCCCUUUGAUGCCUCCUUGCAGUGCUAGUUAGUUUGAGCAGAGGUAAGUGCCCGUUUGCUCUGUUAAAGCUGCCGCGGUUCAAUGUUCUCCAUGUCUGGGGAACUUGCGGAAAAUUUCCUUCUUGCUUUGCCUUCAGAAUAUUAAUUCUUACAUGUAGAAGAGAAGAAAAGUUGACAUUGGAGAUCAUGGGAUUAUUAAAGAAGCAUUGAAUCAACUAGGAAAAGACCUUUAAGGUCCUCAAGCCCAACUGAUGAUAUAUAAUAUAUACAAAUGCAAAAAGCUGUCCAGGAGCUCAGUGCUGGUCUUCCUAACUUUGCAUUAUCAGUAGUGCUAGGAGGUUUGAAGUGGCUCCAAAAGUGAGUCCUUUCUGCUUUAUUGAAGUUCUAACAUACAAAUAUUUGUAGUUGCUCUUUGUUUAAGCAAACGUACGUCUGUAAGAUCAUUCAUGUUAGUCCUUCUCAACUGUCAUUUCUGAUUCCAAACCAUCCAACUCCAUUUCGCUACUAAAACCUCUGAUGGCAGCUGCCACUAGAACCAGGUGGGGUAUUGGCCAUGUUUUCAUUGUCAGUAGGUUAUUUUUGAAGCAAAAGGCUGCCCACGGCUCUGAUCAGUCACAUUAACGUUUGCUUUUUCACACAGAGUGCGUAGAAAGGAGGCAUUGUACCAAAAUAUGGGGUGUGGGAGUUAACUGUAAGGUUACAGCGAGGAGAGCUCUGCGUGUCUAAAGCCUUUGUGGUUUAGACUGACAAUAGCAUGGUUAUUUGUGUUCACCACCAAGGGCAACGUGACCCCUCAGACUGCAGCAGGAACUGUCCAGCUCUGAGAGUGAAGAGCAUCCUCGUGACUUCUCACUUGAUGGGAAAAGGCGAUGUCUUGGCUGACUUCUUGAGGAGAUAUGUCAGCAGGACACAUGAUUGGUAUCUCCUGGGCACUCUGUUCCAAGCUGGGCUGGAAGUCCAAACUGUAACGCUUCACUGCCAGAAAAAAUGCCAGUGUUUCAAAGCUACUAGACAGGAAACAGCACAAAACAUUGGUGUCAUCUGGACUGGGACUAGGAAAUAAUCUCAUGUCCAUGUUCUCAAUGCAUUUAUUCAUGUUGAAAGUCAAUGGGGCAGAGUGGAGUUGGCAGCUUUGCCUUUUAAUCAUUCUGGAUCUGAUGUCAAGACCAUGAAACGUACUUUCAGUUCAUUUGGCCUCUUUACUAGUGAGGGAAACUCUGUUUUGAUCAUGCACAUGUCGACACGCCAUGUUGCUUCUGCAGUGCUUUGGGCAUUAGCUUGUUCUUCUGAGAGCCCCAAGAGUGUCUUGCAAUGGACUUGAAAAAUCUUGACAUUUGAAGCAGUCGCAACUAACUUUUGGUUUGACAAGGUCCUAUCUGUCUGUCUGCUCUUGUGAGUUCCUAUCUUCACCCACCAACAAAUCUCUGUUUACUCUCCAGACUUCACUGGUUCUGUUUCCAUGUCUUCCUCCUCAGUUUUGAAGCCUUUCCCUUCCUAGACUUAGACUUCUGUUCUCAUAAAUGCAUGUAUCUUGAUAGCAUUUUGUUGCUCUCUUUGAAAACCACCGCCUUUGUGGUCUAUAUUUGCCUAAAGAACGAGCAGGCAGGUGAGCUGUAGGCAUAUGGUCACCCUACAGCCUACUCCACAAAGUAAAUAUAUUCUGCAUCUUAAUUCCCUUUUUUCAUAUGUGUGUCUGAAGUAAUUCCUGCUUCCAUCUUGCCACACAACUAAUCCGCUGCCUUUUCCUGAAGCUUCUGUGAAAUUCAUACUUUGUAGCACUAAGUAGGGAUAUUAAUAGGGACAGGGAGAUGGGAAAGCAAAAAGUACAGCUUCUCUGUGAAAUCUGGAGGGAGCUUUUUUCUUUCUCAGAACAAAAGGCCCUGUAAGUAGAGGAGGAGGGUAACGUAAGGGGUUUCUUUAGGUCUUUUAACUUGUUAUCCGAAAAGGAUGCCAUUUCUUGCUACUCUGUGAUGUAAAGGUUGCACACUGUUUUUCAGAUAGCCUCUGGUAUUCUGAAAUGCUGACCCCAGAUGUACACUGAGUAGCUCAGUCUGAUUUGCCAGUGAAGUUCCUGAAGAUGAGGAGUUUUCAGUAGUUAAUCAGCUUCUGAGGCGUAGCAGCACUGGGUAUACAAUGCACUGAAGCACGUGAAUGAAGGUGUCUGUGCUGUGUUCACUUAUGCUAUCUCUCUUUUCUUGUCUCUUGUCUCUUGUCUUUGUUUUGUUAAGCAUUGCAGGCUGUAUGUACCGAGUCGUUCAGACGACGGGACCAGAUGGAAAAAACCUUCUGAAAUUACUUCCAAUUUCUAAAGCUUCUGGAAGCUUUGUGCCAAUAGUUCAGUCUUCAGCCAUGGCAAAUAAUUCUAGAGCAAGUAUUUCUAGUCCAGUGCAUCUUACUUUUAAGACACAGCUUGCCAAUACCACUGCACCUUCAUCUGUUAAGAUACCUGUUUUUCAGUCUCCUAACCCUGGAAAGAUUAUUCUUGCAAGGACAUUAGACAAGCAGGAAAGUCUUAAGGCAGGUUCUGAAAAAGAAAGCGUAACUCCAAAUUCAGGUGCUAACAUCCAGAGCAGUUGUGUUUCAGCCGACAGAUUGUCUUUACAGAACAUUGCUGUCACCAGUUCAUCUAACCAGAGUAACACAGCGUACAUGGUGGUGAACACAAAAACUCUUCCAGUCGCUGUGAAGUCUUCAGUCCUGCCCUCUGGCCACCACCUCCAGAUACCAGCUGAUGCAGAAGUGAAAUCUGUCCCAGCUUCUUUUUUACCACCUGCAAUCCAGCAAAAAAUACUUGCAGCUACAGCAACAAACAUGGCUGGGGGAGCUGACAGCACAAAAAUGCCAACUGUUAUUUACGUGUCACCGGUGAACACGGUGAAAACGGUCCUUCCCAAGCGCUUACGAACCAUUUGCCCAAAACCUGCCACAGAAGUUUCACAAACAUUGAUAAUGACAACUACACAAAAUAGUCCUUCUCCUGGGACAGUACCAUCUGAUGGGCAGCAGUGCCAGCAAACUCCAAUGAAAUGGAUUGUGCAAGAAGGUCCACAGUCAUCGGCGCCUUGCCUUAUUCCUGUGAAGUCAUCCAAUAACGUGGCUUCCAAGAUCUUGAAGACUUUAUCAGACAUGAAGAAUGCAGAAAUGAGCUCUGCAAAUAUCUUAUCACUCUGUUCUAGUGGUCCUGGUGGAAGCCAAACAAAAUUCCCACCUAGUAAAGAUAAUGCUCUGGUCAUGUACAACGGGAAGGUCUAUCUGUUGACCAGAAGAGGCUCUGAUGUUCUGCCAGGCCAAGCUGACAACCAGGCAUCUUCCUCUGCUGAUGCUUCAGUUAAAAAGGAGACAUCCACACUAAUUGAUUCUACUGCAGCCACCAAAAUAACCAGUGAAGUAGUGAAUCUGGUGUUGUCCAAAACCAGUGGAAUGAUGCUGUCUCAGAAAGAUCCAAACCCAUCUCCAGACUCCAGGAAGUCUUCGCCAACUGGCUUAAGAAAUGAUGUAAAAUCUGCACCUGCAGCUCUGGUGACACCAAGUGCCGCCGAGCAGAAUUCCACGGGAAUCCACAGGAAGAGUUUGCCCUUCGACACGAGCAUUUCAAGUGGAGUGACCCCUGUUACAGCAGAUGGGGCACAUGAAGACGUGUGCCACAAUGGCAAAGAAAAGAUCCAUUCCCCCAAAGCAGCAAGGGCUGGUUUACCUCAGCUUAAGCAAGAGGGUGCUGUCAGUGAAGACUGUCAAAAGAUCCAAUGUGGAAAGAUGGAUUCACCAGGAAAGCUUAUUCAAAUCAAACAGCAAGAAAAGCCACAUUGGAAACAAUACUUGGAAUUAAGGAAAAAGUUUGGACUCUCUAAGGAGGAGAGAGUGUACCUUAAGAGAAUACCAUUAAGGACCUCCUGUGAGGAACUAGAAGAAAGGGUUUGCUCCAGUAACAGCUUGAAAAGGAGAAGUGAUUCUGGGAGUUCAUCAUCGUUAGAUGUGGAAACAACGAAUCAACAUCAGGAAUGUGUUAAUGAGGAAAAGAUAACUGUGGAUCCGGAAGAGGAUCUGACUAAGAAAAGAAAGAUAAAGUCCUCAGCGGCGUCAGACAGCGGAAAGAGAAGGAAAACUUCAGUCAAAUCAACCACAAGUCCAAGUUCAGAAGACACGAGUUCAAGUUCCAGUGUACAUAACACAAGUCCUUCACCGCCACCGGUCUUACCACAGCAAAAUAUCUCCACAGACUUCGCUCUGUCAUCUCUGGGGAGGGACUCUGAGCAAGACCCGGACUCUCAAUAUAGUGACGUUACAUACCCCAGCAUCCCAGUUUUAGUGUCUUCUGAAGAUGAUCCUUCAGUUCUUGAAGGCUCUUUCAGAAAUGAUGCUUUCCCUUUGACUCCCCCAGACUUGGAUGAAACAAUCCGGGAUGAAAAAAUCAAACGACUUAAACAGCUCUUAAGGGAACGGGAAGCGGCGCUGGAGGAGAUGCGCAGGAAGAUGCAGCAGAGCUGAGCUGCACUGGUCAGCUGGACCGUGCUCAUCUUCACUGCAGUGACUUUAAGAAGAAAUUCCAUGUUUAAACAAGGAAUAUUUCUGGUAGAUGGAAGAUCUGAACAAAAUACACAGGAUGUGUAUUGAGAAAAGUACAGGUUUCUGAAAUGCCAGAAAUAAAAGACUUGGACCAUCAAAUUCUGCUUCUGGAACAUCACAUGUGUCAAAGAACGCAGAAGAUGGGCAUUUUUACUAGUGCAUUCUCUGUAUUUUGAAUGGAGGGGUUUCUGUAUUAGUCCUAGCGAAUAAACUUUCCCACUUUGGAAUUCCAUGGCCUGUCUCUUAGAAACCCAAUGUAAAUGGCAAACCCCAGCUGUAGAGAAUUCUCUUGUUUUCCUAUUGUGCAUGACAGCUUUUAUAAAUACCUGAGACCUGCCAAUGGUCGAUGGUCAAUGGUCAGUGUUGAAUAAAUGCUAUUUAAGUGAGUUGGGAAUUACAGGCAGAUAAUACAGCUGUUCGUACAAACUCUCUUCCAGAUGUGAAGGUGGCAGCAGUAGAACCCCCUGCUGACAGUUGCUAGGUACGUGUUUCUUACUCUUCCUAUUGUAAGCCUUUAUAAGGCCUUUGCCAGUCAUGCAAUGCUGAGGUUUGGCUGUGGGGGGGUUUUUUGGAGGGGAGGAGGUAG